AUGAAUAAUCCGUUUUCUAGACCUCCUGGCUCUCUAGGUCAGAUCUGUGAUUUUCGCACUACCACUACAAUGAAGUUCCAGAACACCGUUGCUGCGCUGGCGACGGCUGGCCUCGCGGCCGCUCACGGCCAUGGUCACGGUCACGUCCACAAGCGCGCUGCUGAGACCGAGGCUUCGGCCGCCGGUCCAGUUGUGUAUGAUUUUGUUGUAAUGGACCCGUCCAGUUCGAGCGACCCUCAAUCGAUCAGUAUCGAGGAAGCCUGUGCUGGUCUCGCAAACCAUGAGUUUGAGUGGCUGGACUCUGCCGUGGCUGCUGCUUGCCCAUCUAGCAGCUCUGCCGCACCUACGUCGACUUCCGCGUCGAGCUCCACGUCCGCCCCUACAACAACCGCUACUGUUGCCCCUGCCAUCCUCCAAGAGACCUCGGCUGUCAUCAUCCUCGCCAGCUCGACAAGCUCAGCCGUGGCCACCUCUAGCUCCACCACAGCCGCUGCUGCUACCAGCAGCUCUUCCAGCUCUUCCAGCUCUGGUGCCACCGGCCUCACCGCCGACUUCCCUGAUGGAGAGAUUGACUGUGGUGACUUCCCUUCGGAUUACGGUGCUAUCGCCCUUGACUACCUGGGUCUUGGUGGUUACUCCGGUAUCCAGUAUGUCACUUUCCUUGACGAGGUGAUUAGCGACAUUGUGACUGCCGUUACUGGUGACGAAUGCCACCACGGUGCCAUGUGCUCGUACGCUUGCCCACCUGGAUACCAAAAGUCCCAGUGGCCUAGCGUCCAGGGUAGCACCGGCCAGUCCGUUGGUGGUCUCCAAUGUAAGAGUGACAACAAGCUCUACCUCACCAACGACAACUACAAGCAGCUUUGCAUCCCUGGUGUUGGCGGUGUCCACGUCAAGAACCAGAUGUCCGACAACGUUGCCGUUUGCCGUACUGACUACCCCGGUACCGAGUCUGAGACCGUUCCUCUCUCCGCCGUUCCCGGUGUUGUUCACGACCUGACUUGCCCCGACGGUGAGGACUACUUCCUCUGGGAGGGCAAGGUCACCUCCGCCCAGUACUAUGUCAACCCCAAGGGUGUGUCUACUGAGAAGGGUUGCCAGUGGGGUGACGGCACUGAGUCCAUCGGUAACUGGGCUCCCAUUAACCUGGGUGUCGGUUACACCUCCUCCGGAAAGUUCCUGUCGAUCUUCCCCAACACCCCUACCACCACCAAGGCUCUCGACUUCAACGUUAAGCUUGAGGGUGACGACCUCAGUGAUGAGUGCCGUUACGAGGAUGGCAAGUUCUAUGACUCCAACGGUCUGAUCAGCGGCAACAGCGGCUGCACAGUCGGUGUCACCUCCGGCAAGGCCUAUUACGUCUUCUACGACUAA